UAACCCUAAAAAUUUACAUUUGGUGUAGGAAUCUACCUCUAGUUCAAAUAACAUUAAAGGGAUCGACACAAUCAUGACUCGUACUGGUAAGGUUAUAGAGCCAUUGCAAAAAUCACCUCAAUUGAAAGACGUUACUCCAAGUAGCCAUGAAGACGACCUGUUGGAAGAACCUAAGAAGGAGGUUCCAAUUCGAGUUCCUUUCCCUCAGGCUCUUAAAACUGGAAAGAUUUCAGACAACCAAGGUACCAAUUUAUGCCAAAGUGAUCAAGGAUCUAUGCACCAUGUCAAGAAAAUUGCAUUAUGGACAGAACAGGUAAGUGCGGUGAUUGAGCAGAGAACACCGUCAAAGUGCAAAGAUCCAGGGUGCCGAACAAUUGCUUGCCAAAUUGGGUCACGAGAGUUCGGUCAAGCUCUUUUGGAUUUAGGAGCAAGUGUAAAUUUAAUGCCUUAUUCAGUUUAUUUGUAACUAGGUCUUGGAGAGAUAAAACCCACAUCCAUGGUGUUACAGUUGGCUGAUCAUUCUUGUAGGAAACCAAGAGGGAUAGUAGAAGAUGUUUUGCUUCAGAUUGAUAAAUUUUAUUAUCCUAU